AUGGUCUGCUCGUCGUGCAAAACCCCCAAAAUUCAACAUUAAAACCACCCCCGCCUACUUUUCGACCCAGACGUCGCCAGCAUCAAAAUUCACCUUAAACCCCCGCCCCCAAGCAAAAAUCCCGUGAAACCCAGGACGGCGUUUACCCCGUGACGCUCAAUGUGAGAAAAUAAAUACAUAUUCCCGUCCAACGCACAAGCUCCCUUUCGAAAUAAACCCCCGACAUAAUAAACCCACCACCGAUCGAUAGUCCCGCCACCAGAGACCACAGCACCGGCCCCCGGCGUCCCCAACCCUCGGGCCUGAAGGGAUUCGAAUCCGGCAAAGUCGGUGUUGACGAAAAAUCAAAAAGUAUUUUUCCUUGACAACUUUCACAUGUUGACAUGAACGUGAGGGAACGUCUGAAGGAGGCAUAUGAGAACGUAUCAUUCAGCGCUGACCGCACCUGGAGCAACGCCCCCAAUGCGUACCAAAAGAACAACAUGGAGUUGUACUUAACAGAACACCACGUACAGAUCAACAAGUUGCAGAGGAACAGACCGAGGACUGUGCGGGAGGCCAUCCCCAAGAGCCGGCUGGCGCAGUACGCGAACUACGUGUACAACGAGUCGAGGGAGAUGUCGUACGCUUCGAGUACCACCAACUCGGAGCCGAACUUGUCGAUACGGGUGCCCACGGAGCCCUGGGAGAUGCCCGAAGUCGGAGAACUGUACAGGUGGUUCUUGAAAAAUCAGCCUGAAGAUAGCUUUUCCAGGCUGGAAGGGAAGUACGAGUCGCCCCUGCUCAGUGUUAGCGGCUUCGAAGACAAGAUUCUCAAGAUACAAAUCACUGAAGACAGAGUCAAAAAUAUUUGGAAGAAGAGCUACCAGUACGAAGAGUUCCAAACCAAAAGUGCCACGGUUCUAGUCAAAGCGUUCACUUCUCCUUUGAAAAAUGUGUUUCUUUUCAAGAAUGAAGACAGCAACCACGAGUGGUUUCGGGAUAUCUCUAUAUCGAGAGACUUCGACCAAGUGGAGCAACUGUGCCGGAGUUUCAAAGACCAAACCACUUCCAUCUCCAAGUUCUUGAUGGGGGACACCGACCCGUCCCCCUCUGAACCCACUUCCACGGAAGUCCUCUACUCAGAGGUUCUUCAAGGGCUCUCCCCUAGUCGAAAAUUUCUAUCGUCGCUUAAACCCGACCCCGGCAAGUCCCUCUCCACCGACGAAACCUCCUCCAUCAGUCAAGAUAGCUUCACCAACUACACCAUUUUAAACAGCCACAAGCUCGACGAGCCCAAACCCGACGCUUUUCCCCAAAGUACUCUCCCCAAAGUGUCCCAGUUCACUCCAGUGCCCCCAUCCGCCACCAAAUUCGUACCCCAGAAAGUUUUCUUCCAAACGGACACUCGCUACAAGUACCCCAUGCCGCCUCCGGUGGACCCGAAUCAGCGCAAUCCGAGGAGCAUGGUGCACUCGUCGUACGUACAACAGUACUUUUACUCGCCGGUGCAGACCGUGCAGAGGUGGAUUCCGUCGAAUUUUAGCUCGUACUACCCCACGCAGAUUUUCACUUCUAAUUGGUUCGCGCAGAAUCCGGUAGUGAAUAGGAUUUUCGGACCACUCGUGAGUGCGGACAGGGAGGGUAAUGUUUUUAGUCGGGUUUUGGAGGAGGGGCACUUUAAGGAGGAGAGCAUGGAGGUCGAUCCUUUCGUCGAGGAGCACCAAGUGUCGACGAGUAUUUCCGAGGAGUUGGAAAUACAAGCGCUGGAGCAGUACAGUAACUCCAACGAGAAUUUCUAUCAGGAGCUGGAAAGACAAGCAGCUGAACAGUAUGCGAGUUCUCCUGAAUAA